UUCACCAAUUGAGUCUGCUUGUUGCUACUCCUUGUACACCAUAGCAACUCGUCUGUCCCUUCGUCACUAUAUAAAGUCCAUCCAGCAUCCGAAGAGUAUCAGAGUGUGCGCCUACAUCAUCCGGUACGGGAACCUCGUGCGAUCUACUCACCUCCUUUCCUCAUCUGAUCGAAAAAGCUCUAGGAGAACGAAGAAAACCAUGGCCGCAGUGCAGCAGAACGGACGCCAAACACACAGUUCCUACUCCAUUCGAUCUCUUUUGGGCCUAACCACUUUAUUGGUGGUUUUGCUUGCCAUUCUUCCGUAUUAUCCAACAUCGGCCAUGUCUGCUUUAUCUAGCGGUCAUCACUCCUUGUCAAAACGCUCUUUCUUCGAUAUCAAUUGCAAGGGGCUAUACGACAAAAGCAUUUUUGCUCGUCUCGACCGCAUUUGCCAGGAUUGCUACAGUCUCUAUCGCGAACCCGAGCUUCACACACUGUGCAGGUCGGAAUGUUUUACAACUCCUUUCUUCAAGGCUUGCCUCAAAGUCUUGCUUAUGGAGGACCAGGAUCCAGAUUACUCCGAAAUGAUCGACAAAAUUGGCCGCUAA